GACAAGUUCUUUUUUUUUUAGGUUUGAGCUUUGGAGUGUGAAGGCGUCCGUGGAAGAAGCUCUUUUGGUAAAGAUGGCGAAAUACAAUGAGAUAGCGAAGAAGAAGAGAGAGGCGAAAGCGGAUAGAAAGCGAGCUAUCCACGGAGAUCCACUCACCAAUAAACUGAAGAGCAGAGCUCCGGUUCUCUCCGUCUCCGGAAAACGUCAGAGAAAACUCCUCAGAAAAUGGCGCCGAGAGCAGAAAGAGAUGGUGGAGAAGGGUCUUGUAACCAUGGAGGAUGUCGAGAUGGCUUCUGCUGAUGCUGCAUCAGAAGAAUCAAAGAGAUCCCCUAGAAAGUUUAGCGUGAAGAAGACCUUGAAGCUUAAUAAACUAAAGAAUAAAGGCAAGAAGAAGAGAAGCCAGGGAGCCGCUGCUGGCCAAGUAUCUACUGCUGAUCAGAUGCUGGAAUGAGUGUAAAUCUUUGAAUCAUCAUAGGAUCUCUUUUUUUUUUUUAAUAAGUUUUCCGAAUCUAGUUUCUCUAAUGUUUUUCUUAAAAAGAUCUCAUUUUGUAUUCUGGCCGGGAAUCGGGUUCUGUUAUAUGUCAAAUUUACAAUACUACUACUUACUUGUCUCAGGACCUGUUCUAUGACUUCUAUUCUUCCA